UUGGUGCGCCUGCGCCAUUAUAAUUUAUAAACAGGAAUGGCCGCUAAAAUGCUAAACGCGAUUUUCCCGCUAAACAGAGUGGAGUGUUGUGUGGUGAUGCAAAGCCCCAAGAUCCGCAAAAAUGAACACUUUGGACAAAUUCAUCAAAUUGGGAACAGCCGGUGAAGGCACCUACGGCAUCGUGUACAAAGCAAAGAACAAAGUAACUGGUAAAAGUGUUGCCCUUAAAAGGAUUAAAUUAGAAAAGUUCAGCAAGAAUGAUUACACUGAGGGGGUCCCAUCGACGGCCAUUCGGGAAAUUGCUAUUCUCAAGGGGCUCAGGCACUCGGCGAUUAUUGAACUCCAAGAUGUUAUGUACACCUCAGAUAAGUUGUACUUAGUUUUUGAGUACUUGGACUUGGAUCUCAGGAGGUAUCUAGACGGGUCCACGAAGCCCCUAGAGAAGGAACUUAUUAGAAACUACAUGAAGCAGUUAUGUGAAGGUCUUGCGUAUUUGCACACUCAACGCAUCCUCCACCGUGAUAUAAAGCCCCAAAACUUGCUAGUCGAUAAGGAAGGUCACAUCAAAAUCGCCGAUUUUGGUCUCUCUCGCUGUUUCUCAAUACCCACAAAACCGUAUACUCACGAAGUGGUCACAAUGUGGUAUCGCGCCCCUGAAUUACUCCUAGGUUCUAAGUUGUACACAAAUGGGAUUGAUGUUUGGAGUGUAGGGUGUGUUAUGGCUGAAAUGUUGCUGAAAAGGGCCCUUUUCCCCGGUGAUUCAGAAAUCGAUCAAAUGUUUAAAAUUUUCAAAACUCUGGGGACACCAAAUGAAGACGUAUGGCCUGGAGUCUCUUCACUGCCCGCUUAUGAAGUCUGGUUUCCGCAGUGGAAGCCCUGCGAGCUUAACACUCAAAUCAAAUUUAACGAUUCGGAGGAAGAGGAAUUUCUUAAGUUGUUGUUAGUGUAUGACCCUUUUGUGCGGAAAUCAUCCAAAGAACUAUUAAGUCUGCCGUAUAUAAGAAAAGCCAAGCUGACAACGCCUGAUAUGAAACCGUUUCCUGAUGCAGAAGAAGACUUUGACUGACUUUUCCAAGUACAAAUUAACUUAUUUCAACUAAAUUAAUGCAAUAUUUGUUUUAGAAUUAAUUUACGACAUUGAGCGACAAUAACUUUUAAUAAAAUUUUUAUCAAAACUUUGACUUCAAAAGCAACGACCACCUCACAACAUGCAGGGUGUUUCAUAACUCGCGCCCCAGAGAAAGGUAAAAUACCAAGACAUAGAAAAUAAUGUUACAAAAAUUUAUACCUACUAAAUAACACGGGUCAACAAGGGUUCGGUAAUAUUGAAGACAAUUUGGUCUAUAGUAGUUUUUUACUUCCUAAAUAACAAAGUGCAUUUAGUUUUUUGAUAACACGUACCGUUUAUUUGCAUUUUUUACCAAUAAUUUAAUAAUUUUCACCAAGACAUCAGAAAGAUAAAAGAACGCUAGCAAGGCCGCUGGAACCCUUCCAUAAUGGGCGAUUACUGUUAGCUUUUUUAAAACGCGACACUAACAAAAGAAAAUGUUGAGAUUUCACUCUUUUAUUGUAAUAUAUGACUUUUUUAAUGUUUCUAAAGUUAGUUUAUUAAAAUAUUGUAUGCUCAUAAUAAAAUAAAUUAAAUGGAUGAAUUAUU